GCAAAGAUAAAGGUGAAAGAGACAGAAAAGCCGAUGUACAAACUUUCUUUUGUGACAGAAGAUCAUGUACACUUCUUCCUACAGUUUAGAAAUGACCUACCACACCUGAAGCCAUCAGGUGCAGAAGAUCCAUCUGAUCUGACUCAACCUUUGGAUCACUCACCGGGGAAUUUCCCACUUUGUGUCUUUAAACCAGGAACCCAGCAGUGGAACUUUGUGGAGAAUGAACUGAAGGAUGCCACCCAGACAGUAUAUCGCCUGAGGCCCCAUUAUGCAGGUCUUCCCACAAAAUCCUGGCAAUAUGACAAGGUGAAGGAAGAUUAUGCUCAGCUCAGCCGCAAGCUCACUGUAGUGACCAGAGAACGUGAUUUGGCCGUGAAGGAGAAACAUCAGCUCAAAGCCAAGCUGGAGAACCUAGAACAGGUCCUAAAGCACAUGCGAGAGGCCGCGGAACGGCGGCAGCAGCUGGAAUUGGAGCAUGAGCAAGCCCUGGCUGUUCUCAACGCCAAGCAGCAGGAAAUCGACCUUCUGCAGAAGGCUCAGGUUGAAGCUAAGAAAGAACAUGAAGGUGCUGUGCAGCUGCUAGAGUGGGUGCUUCGAAGGGAAAUGACCACCAUGUCCCACAGCGUGGGUGGCAUGCCACGAGUGACCACUUCUUGUCCCUGGCUCCUGACCUCAUGCCAGUCUCCUUGGGAGCAGGUAGACAGCAGAGAUUGGCACCCUGAGGGCAAAGCUACUGUCAGUGGCAGCAUCAGGAAUUCUGAGGUUCUGUCAGUGGACGGUGUGUACCUGCACAUCUGA